UGUACACAAAUGAAUUCGUCGUGUUGUGAACUUUACAACGCGUCCAACAGGCUCUGGGAACGAAAUUGACUAACAUCAUUGUAUACGCAUGCGUACACUUGAAAUGUUCGGGCAAAAGAUUUCAAGUUUGGCUCGCCAAAUUCAACAUGGCGUCGACCACUGGAAGCGGCCAUGGAGGGAGAAGGCAAAACUCAGGUAGAAAGCGAAAGUUUGUCGAUGGAAAAGACGCUAGGAAGGAGUGGCAUAGAUGCCACAAACGCAUCUACCUAGAAAAGAAUAUAUUUCAAUCGUGGCUUCAGGUGAAAUUCAUCGCAGGGUUUGAAGCGCGUAGUGACAGUGCGUUCGCGGAGUAUUUGCUGUCACAGGAAGUUCGUAGAACAUCACCUAUAGAGGUUUCAAGUGCUCUUCCAAGUUCGAAUUUUCACAGGAGGCGAAAAGCCUCCAACCCGCGAAAACAUGUGAUCAAGCAAAGUGCGGAAGGUGAAGGGACACAGACCUCAAUGUCGGAGAAGUCUUCGGAUCAGUCAGCUGUCGAUGAACCAGCAAUCGCUGGCCCCGAUACACAGGCGAGUCAACUUCCCUCAACUUCGACCCCGGACUCAACUUCCCUCGAUGGAAACAGCAACCCAACAAAUCUUAUAACAACUCAUAAAAAGACAAAUAACUGCCCAACUUUUACAGAAACGCAACACAAUUCACCACAAAUGCACGAUACAGAGACAAAGGAGGUAUAACUGCUUCAUCAGCAAUGACAUGAUGCAACCCUCAAAAACCUCCUUACCAAGCCUAGCACAUUUGAACGGACGAACAGUGCUCGAGUGCGUCGUUUUAAACUUCGUUUUCCUCAGAAUUUCUACCACGAGACGGAAAUGUGCCUAGCAACUUCACAGCUGAUCAUAAUAAUCAAGGGUCAAACCAAAAAUAGUGUUGAAAUUGACUUUUUGGACAUUUUGUUAUGGUUUUUCACAUUCUGGACAAUAGUUGGAUUUGAAUCAAACCGUAAAGAAAAUCCAGCAAUGUUUAAAUACGGCGUCGGGGACGUGUUGAGGAGGCCUAGGGCUCGAGAAGUUGCCUCAUGGUACUUGUUUCCAGGCAACUAUGAACUCUAAGGAUCUCAAGUGAAACACAUUCGAGUAUUCAAUUUGAGGCACCUAGCUUGGAGGGCGGGAGGUGACUUAUGUUUCAGGUUAAGAAGCACCCAAUGAAGCGUUAAGUGUUCACAUUAAUUAAAAAGUUAAAACAAUUAUUUUCUGCAGGUAAUUUUAACCUUCAAAAGGUUCAUUUUAAUGUUCAAUAUGGUCAUACUCCACAAAUAACUCUUCCAGACAGACCAAGCUUAAUAAUUUAUUACUCAACCAUUUAAGGCCUAGUAAGCCAUGAAGGAUAAUCUCUUUUGCAUCCCACAAAAGAAAACAACUUUGGUCAACAGCUUUGCCAAUAAGUUACUAUGAUUUUAGGAAAAUAAGAUUGAAUUGAAUGUUUCUGACAAAGAAACAAGUCUUGGGAGGGAAUUGUGGGGGUGGGGAGUGGGGGGUAUUGCAAUGAUGGGGGUGCUAGUCAUACUUAUAGAAGUUAAAAAUUGUUGUGUUUUUCUUAUAUACUGUGGUACUGUAGAUGAUUUUCAUUAAUUAGUAAUAGAUCUUGAAAUAAUCGCUCUGAGGUAGCUUCAACCAUGCCACAGAAAUGUACUCUAAUAUCUUAUAUUCUUUUUAAUCUGAUGAGCACCCCCAUCACUGUUCAGAGAUUAUUUCACCCUGCCCCCUUCCCAGAGAACAGAAAAUACAAAUUAUUGGAGACAAGAUAAUUAC